AUAGUGUAAUAUUUUAUGAAACUAUACAUUAUUAUGGCGACCGCUGGUCGUUUAAUAUAGUGCGCCGUGAUUUAACAAUAAAAUAAAUUUAAUAAUGAAAUAUCUUAAAGCACACCAUAAGACUUUAUACCUCUAGUUUUAAUUUAUAACCGGUAUAUUUUCAGAAAAGAAGUGAAAAUUCAGAAAGUUGUAAGUACUACUAUUUCUACGACUGGGAUUCAGCGCUUCUCUAACUCAAAUUUAUUAGCAGAAAUCUGGAAGGAGUCAAUAAUAAUAAAAUAAUUGUUUGUGAAUGAACAAUAUCUUGGGACAUACAACAAUUGAAUAGCACCAUGGCUAAUUGCAAAAAGUAUGGCAAAAAAAAAAAUUAUUUGAACCACAAUUCUAAGAAUGGACUUUUAUUACUUAUAUAUACAAUGGCUCUGAUAUUUGAAUCACAUGGUACCACACUAGGAACAGACUUAAAUAAUGAAAACUGCUCAGAUGCAUUGACGUGCACCAAAUGUACAAUCAAAGCUCAAUGUGCAUGGUCCUUAGAAGAACAGGAGUGUGUCAACUACAAUCACUUUCACUUGUCAAAUCUUACAAUCUACGGUAAAGAGAAAUGUCCACGAUUUUCAGUAGUUAAAAAAUAUGAAUAUAAUAAUACAAUUAAUCAUUUGGAAUACAUAGUUAAGGUAUCAAACGAUCAUGUGAAUUUCAUGAAAUAUCUUAAAGAAAGUAAAUUCAUUUGUAAUUCAACGACAAUAGAUUUUUAUAAUAAAACCAUAAAAAAUGACGAGAUUAUAUGUACAGCAACAAUUUUGACAACUAACUUUAAGUUGCACAGUGUGCAAUCAUUUACUGCAUUUAUUUAUAUUAAAUUUAAUAGAGUCUUACUGCGCUUGGAAAACGUUACCGAUCACUAUGUAACGUUUUAUGAACACGAAUGUGCCGAGGACAAAAAGGACGAAAACUGUGCGACUUGCACGUGGAAUGAAUAUGGCUUCGCACACUACAUUAGAUUGUGUUCGUCAGGAAACUCCUGUGAAGGUCGCAAUGAAUUGUACCUGUGGCACAAUGAUGUUGGAAAAUCUUGGAAUUCUAAGACGCGAGAAGUCAAUAAUCAAUGUGCCGAAAUAAACGUGACAUCCGUCGAUCCACUAUCUGGGACAAUGGCUGGUGGCACGACUAUAACGAUUACCGUAAAGAACCACUUGAUAUUUGAGGAGAACCGAACGGUAAUGGUGACGGUGGCCGGAAUGGUUUGUGCGGACCCCAGGACAUCCGGACCCGAGACAAUCACUUGCAUCACGACACCACCACCUGACGACACAAUAUAUGCAGCACCAUCCGGUCCGGUCUUGGUUAAGUACACGUCACAUGAACGCGAGUUGAUUAUCGAGUCGUCACAGAAAUUUCACUAUUACGUUGAUAUUAGCGCCGGCACAUCCCGUCUCGUAAUUAACCCAUAUAUUAUUAUGGUACAAUUUUCGUUUUUUGUGUUUUACACAAAAGUAGUGUAGUAAAAUCAUUUAUAAUUUUUAAUUUACAUUAGAUACACAUCUAAUAAUUAAUAUAAUGUUGAUGACUUGGUCAUCAACAUAAUAUUUAUAAGUAAAAAAUAUUUUAUACAAACAACAAUUUGUAACACAUAACUCCAGGAUGGAGCAAUAUGGCACCUUUUAAUGUCAAACCUAUGUCUAAUCUAUGUCUUUCUUUAUUGUUCGGCCUUAUGCCUCAUAUUUAUUAUCAAUGUUGUUAGAAUAAAAUUGUUUUCUGUUAUUGCAGCCAACAUUGUUUUUCAUCUCAUAUUGUUUUUUGUCACUCACUCGUGUUGUUAUGUUUUUUUUUCGUACAAUUUUUUUUGGUACACACAAAACACUUAUGUUUUCUUUAUUACAAUUAUGUUAAAUUGAUCUGUGUGGUCGAUGUGACCAGAAAUAUUAUUAUUUUGUAUUUUCACUGCGACAAGUCAAUGAGACAAGAUAUAUUAUUAUUAAUAUUGAAAUAAAGCCUCGUCGUUACCAACAGUUAAACGACAUUUGUAUAUUA